AUGGGUAUCAAAAGGUUGAUUGGUGGUAUAACGCGGCCCAUAUUCAACAAAGUUAGUUCAUCAAGACAAUACUCGAGAGUACAUACUGACCGUGAAGACGGGGAAAAGCCUUCUCUCAAGUAUAACAGCAAUAAUAGCAUGGCUGAAAAAAAAAAUUAUACGUAUAACGCUUUCUCCAUUCUUGGCAUAAUAUGCAUCUGUUCGGUUUUGUUAAUAUCGUUGUUAAAACCAUUUGACGGCGCAGAUGCUCCUCAGUGUAGGUCUAUUUAUAUGUACCCAUCAUAUGCAAGUAUCGAUGGAUUUGAUAAACGAUAUACACCCUUGGCGCACAAGUAUCAUCUUUAUCUGUAUCGGGAACAAGGUGUAGAUACAAAACCUUUAAAUGACGAUAAAUUACAACUCGAUGGUAUCCCUGUGCUUUUCAUACCAGGAAAUGCAGGUUCCUACAGGCAAUCCAGAUCAAUUGCUUCUGCAUGCUCUAAUUUAUACUUUGAUAUUAAUACCAGAGCGACCUUGAAUAAUGAAAAUUUACGAAAUCUGGACUUCUUCACGGCUGAUUUCAAUGAGGAUUUCACUGCCUUCCAUGGUAAAACAAUGCUUGACCAAGCUGAAUACCUCAAUGAUGCCGUCAGAUAUAUUUUGUUUCUUUAUGAAACGACACCCAAUUAUUCACAUCCUAUUCCGGAAUCCGUUAUUUUAGUUGGACAUUCCAUGGGCGGUAUUGUAGCUAGAGUCAUGCUCACUUUGAAGAACCAUAUCCCGGGAAGUAUACGAUCUAUAUUGACUCUAUCUUCACCUCAUGCUGCCUCGCCGGUAACUUUUGAUGGUGAUAUAUUGAAGCUCUACAAAAAUACAAAUGAAUAUUGGAGAGAUCAACUAUCCCACAACGACUCUUUCUUCUCCAAGAAUAUCUCAUUGGUUUCCAUCACGGGAGGUAUAUUAGACACCACCUUACCUGCCGAUUACGCCUCUGUAGAAGACUUGGUAAGCUUAAACAAUGGAUUCACAAGUUUCACUACCACAAUUCCAGAAGUUUGGACUCCAAUUGAUCAUUUGGCCAUCGUUUGGUGUAAGCAGUUAAGAGAAGUUAUUGCACGCCUUUUAUUGGAAAGCAUAGAUGCUUCCAAACCUGAAAAGGUUAAAUCGUUGGAUGAGAGGUUACAAAUUGCAAAAGAAUUUUUACUUUCAGGGUUUGAAGAUUAUGCAUCGGUAAACAGCAAACUGAAUUAUCCUCAAGAAAGUUUACAAGAAUUCAGUGGCAACUUCUUUUCAGACUUCACCACUUUGGCGAUCAACGAUGUGCUAAAUAUUUCAAUGUCAAACCUUGAAAAUUGGGAAGAUGAUUACACUAAAGUAAAUAUUCCAAGGAACACAUCUUCUAUCGGACAUUUAAAAUUCAUGUUGUUAACUAGUUUGGAAACGCCUAUCGUAUAUUUCUGUGAAAAUUCGAAAAACCUAAGCUGUAUAACGGCUGAAGGUAGUAUCUUAACAGUACCUAGAUCUUCUCAACACACACAGGUUGCAGCAGAUUCCUCUUUUGGUGAGGAAGAAAAUCCUUUCAAGGUCAUCAGUGUUGAAAAAGAGAUAUUACAGAAAUACGACUUUUUAAUGAUAAGUACGCCUACUUAUGAUGAGUUUUCCAAACAAGAAAUUAAUGGGUCAAAUGAUGGAUUCCUUUUGGCAUCAUUGUCUAAUGAGCCAAGUGUUCAAGUAAGUCAUACUACACCUUCUCAGGUAUUGCUAUUUGGAGAGACGUUGCGUUUAAAUGGUGUAGACAUCGAACAAAUCAUAAGCUUCCAUAAUUUAUGGGAUUCUUUACUAUCGUAUAAGUUAGAGACAAAACUUGAAGGAAACAACAAGUCUAUUCCAGCUGGUGAGGCGUUAUUCCAGCCUUUUAUAAGGCAAUGGGUUUAUGAGCCUUUCGAAUCCAAGUGGCAUUUGGAUAUCCUAAAUCAAGAUGUUGGUAUAAAUAUGCACAACGUGGCGCCGUUUAUUCCAUUGAAUGAAUCUGAAUCAAGAUCACUACAAUUGAGUUUUUUCGUUCCGCCUGGAAUGUCUUUGGAAGCUAAGAUGACCAUUAAUUGGUGGUUGACUUUAAAGAUGCUUUUUAUCAGAUACAGAUUAGCGCUUGCAUCUUUUCCGGUUGGGUUUAUUGCACUCGUGCUGGCAUAUCAGUUUUACUGGUACAAUAAGACAUCUGAAUUCCCCUCUUUCGAUGCCACCAUAAGCCAAAUUAUGAGAAAGCACGGCAUAUUUAUGAUGUUUGCUCUUUUCUUAGCUUCUCCUAUAGUUAAUAAUAAGUUGGUCCAACGAAUACUCUAUUUCUUAGAUCCGGUCGGUUUAAACUAUCCAUUUCUAUUGUCCGAAAAACACAUGCACGCAAACUUUUAUUAUUUGGGGAUCAGAGAUUGGUUUAUGUCGAGUAUUGGGUUAUUGUUUGGGAUUAUGACUAUUGGAUUGUUAGCCCUAGUUUCCAAAAUUUUGAAGGCAUUGGAAUUAUUAUUAACAUCACUUCAACGAAUGUUGAAAGGGGGGAAUACCGAGGCCAAAGAAUGUGUUGGUAUUGCUGAACCUAAGGUAUAUGGUAAGGGCAGACUGAUGGCAUUAAUAUUCCUAUUAUUAUUGAUUUUUUUUUACAUACCGUAUCAAAUGGCUUUUAUUAUCACAUUAGUUAUUCAGAUAGCUACCUGUGUCAGAAUAGCGCUACUACAGCCAUCAAACGACGCACAAAAAACCAAUUUGUUGAAUUUCAAUAUGACAUUACUCAUGCUUUUAUUAUUUGUUAGCGCGAUUAACAUUCCUAUCGUCAUUGUUUUCUUACAUAAUGUUGCCAUUAGGUGGGAAACUUCGUUCAGAUCACAUCACAACAUCCUAGCUGUGGCACCAAUUAUCUUUUUGGUUGGGAACAAUUCAGUUUUCAAAAUGCCAAAGAGCGUUUCGAUAAGAUCGUUAGAUGGUGCAAUUACCGUUCUCUUAUUCGUGUGUACAAUGCUAUUCAGCUUUAUUUAUGGAAUAAGGAACUUAUACUGGAUACAUCAUUUGGUGAAUAUAACAUGCGCAUGGCUACUAUUUUUUGAAGCAAUACACUGA